UAAAUAAGUGCAAGUCAUAAUAUUUCUUAAUGUAGAUGAAAAAUAAUAGGACAACUGUUUAAGGCGUUUCAAAAAAUGGGUACCCGAGCGGUUGCCGUGAGUACGACUGCCAGCGCAGUUGUCCCGGGAGAAGCCAAUCUAGCCGGUGUCCUCAGACUCCUGGAAGACCUGGCAAAGCUCUCGGAAGACAAGGAGUCGGCCGACAUCGUGUUCCUUCUCGGCAGAGAGGAAACUCCCAUUUACGCUCACAAAAUAAUAAUGCAAGCCAGGUGCAAGAACUUCUCACCUGGAAAAAGAAUCGGCAACGCCGGCAGUCCAGCUCCCGUAAGGAUGCCCCACGCGCACGCCGAAACUUUCAGGCAGUUCAUUCACUACGUAUACACUGGGAAAAUCAUGCUCCAGGACAGUGGAAUAUUUGAAAUGCUGAGCCUAGCCCAGGAGCUGGGGGUCGAGGAGCUGUGGAGAAGUUGCGAGGAGCAUGUGUCAGUGACCCUGAGUCCUGGCAAUGCGUGCACCCUUCUUAGCGCUGCCCUGGAAGCUCAAGAACGAAUUCUGGGUGGAAAAGGGGCCUGCUCUUCGUUCAUAGACAGAUGCUUUGCUUACAUAUGCGAGAACGCCAUCGACACUGUCAAGACCAAUGCCUUUUGCAACCUGCCCAAGGACGCGGUUGUCAAACUCAUGUCCUCGGAUUAUUUGGGCUUGGAAGAGGAGGACGUCUGGAGGGCAGUGCUGAGCUGGGCAAAGUAUCAGGCAGGGGUGACUCAGCCAACUCAGCAUUGGACCGAGGAGGAGAGAGCUAGAGUUUGCCAGCACCUGUCCGGAGUGAUCAAUCACGUGAGACUUUUACUGAUAGAUAGCCAAGUUUUUGCCGAGGAAGUGGAACCCACGGGAGCUGUGCCCAUCGAACUCUCCUUGGAGAGGUACAGGUAAGCAAGUAAGCACUAUUGUCCCACAGAUUCUGACGGGGAAAAAUAUAAAUGCAACAGGUAUGCAGCUCUACCGAACAAGCACGCAGACGUUUGUACGGAUAAACGUUUGCAGCCGCGCGUAGGACCCUUCCUCUUCCCGGGCUCGCAGAUACUUUCCAAAGACAAGAUGAGCUUUCAGCGUCUUUUGAAUCAAUGGUACGGCGUGCCCAAACAGUCGUGGCGUCUUAUCUACCGGGCCUCGAGCCACGGCUUUGCCGCUUCUACCUUCCAUCGGCACUGCGACGGCAUUGCUCCGACCUACGUCAUCGCUCUAGGAACGAGAGGUGAGAUCUGCGGCGGUUUCAGCGACAUACCGUGGGGCAAGACAAGCGCCAAGGGACAUCCCUACAUACACUACAUACCCUCGGAGAAGGCGUUUUUGUUUACCCUGAUCAAUAGCCAGGACGUACCCCCUACCAAGUAUAACGUGGUCAAGAAGCCUUUUGCGAUUUGUUACCAUCCGGAUAUUGGGCCGAUUUUCGGAGCUGGGGCCGAUCUCUUGAUUUCCAGCAACUGUAACGUCAACAUGGACAGUUACAGCAACUUACCCCACAGCUACGACGGCGAGCACGCCUCCAAUUCCAUUCUCAUGGGCGACUAUUACUUCUCGGUCAUCGAUUACGAGGUUUUUACGACCAGCAACAUUACUACAGGGCAAGCCAAGUCGAGCCAUUAA